UGAGAGCUCUUUUGAAACGUUAAGUCAUAAUAGAGAAGAGGCAAAUAACUUAGAUGUAAUUUCAGUAAAAGUAGGGGAUCCGUUUGAAGAUUUUGAACAUACCGAAGAAUAUAUACAAUGA